UGCGAUUAAUCACACCUUAUCUGAACCAGACUACAGAUAACUGCCUCAUGCGAAAUCAUAAGAGAUGAGCAAUCCAUCCUCUCACAUGUAACGUCAUUACAUUCAUGCAUGUAUCACUACCGGCUAAUUCUGUUUACUUUUUCAUGCAAUUUGGGUAAGAUCAUGAAGAACUCCACGCCAGAAAUAUUUAGUGAGCCAUUGACAUUGACUUCCGUGCAUAUUUACAAAUGUAUAUAAGCAAUCCAGAUCUGUCGCUUGAGAACAGUUAGUGAUCAACCGUGUUGCAAAAUUCGACAGAAAGUUUCUCACAAAAAUUCACAUAUCCAUAUACCGUUAAUAUUUGGCAGAUAAUAAUACACGAUGGCGUCAUCCAGUAAACUGCAGUUUUUCGUCACCCACCUGAUCAUACUCAUAGUAAUUAUUUCACCCACCACGACCUCAUCACGUAUUAGACGAGGUGCCCACACCAAUUAUCUUCAGGAUACCGAAGUGUACACCGAAUUUUCGCAAUGGGGAGAAUGGCAAGAACUCGGAAAUCCAGAAAGGGUCUCGCCCAACCUUAAUUGCGACCCAGCCUCACCUGUAAACUGCAAUUUAACGCAGUCUUUCAAAUUGUCAACGUCUUGGAGUUGGAAGAUUGGUGGGAAUCUUGGGCAAGAUAUUAAACCCUUGAAAACUGCGAUGCGUCGAAGUCAUGGUUGGACUAAAAGUGCAGAGAUAAGCAGCACCAUGACAUGUGAGACUGAGCCGGGUGAAAUUACGUGGGUCAUGUUUCAGCCCAGAUACACCGUUAUUCAUGGUUACGCCAAAAAAUACAAGAUGCAACGAGAAUGUGCAUGGUUCCGGUGUCAGGAGAAGAAAUUGUACUUUGCCGAGGGUCAGGUCACUGUGAUGGACGUCGUCAAAGAUUCUGAUGGGCGGUUGGACGGGCGUGCGUAUUGUGUGACACGUAGUUGAUGAGUUAUCAGAUGUAGGAUAGUAAAUUGGUUAACCUAAAGCUAUUUAUUUAUAUUUUUAUAAAAUGUGCAGUGCUACUGAUGCAAACAAUUAAUGUACAAAUUCAUACAAUUAUUUUAGCUCAAUUUUUCACUUAUUGAGUUUCUACAUAGAAGUUUAAUAUUUUUGU